AUGGGACGCGGACGUGACUGGCUAAAAAAGCAGUUGAAUAAACAACGGAAGAGCGAUCGUGAUGAUUCCGACCGUCCCCACAGGUCGAGCCUCGCUUCCACCUUUUCCACAGGAAACCGAAACAGCGAACCUCUUAUCGCACAAGCUGACCCAAUCGAGACAUCGGACAAGCAGAUUGAUGCCAAUGAGUUGACCAAGGAGCAUAAUGCCCUCUGGAACGAAGCCUAUGAGGCGAUCAAGAACGACAAAGAAAAGGCCAAGUAUCUCGAUUCGUACGAAAGGAUCGCUGCCAGGCUGUACCUCGGCCACGAUGGAGAAAAUGGCCUUCACCAGAAUCGGGACGUGAGAGAAAGGCAAAUGAAGGAGAUGGUCAGACGAGGCUUGGAAAGGGUACAGAAGGCGAAGCGCUUUACUGAGAGAUAUGAAAGCGUGUUUGAUUUUACCAGGCCUUUCAAGGCAAUUCUUGACGCUCCUUUAAAGAAUAUCCCACAAACUGCGUUGCCUUGGGGUGUGGUGUCGUCAAGUCUUGAUGUGGGAAUCUUGUUCAAUACUGACCGAGAAACUCAGAUACUGGCCCAGCCAGGCAAAACGAAUGCGACUCUGUACAGUGGAGUGACUUACACUGUCUCCAGAAUUGACUGGUAUUCGCAGUUCACUGACAAGGUCUUGUCUGACAAUGCGGUCAGGGACAAGCUGCUUGAGACUGCACGCAGUGGUCUCAGAGCAGAGAUUCUAGAUGUGUAUCAGUCGCUACUUUUCUACCAGAUGAAAAGCAUUUGCUUUUACCAUAAGAACCAAGUUACAGCCUUUGUGCGUGGUUUAGUGGACCUUGACAAAUGGAGCGAUGAUUUAGCAGCGAUAAAAACAGCCGAAGAAGCUCUACAGCGAGACAUUGACCAGUAUAAUUCGGAAUCUCUCAAAUCACGGGUUGCAGAGAGCCAAAGUUCCAGCACUCAACGGUCCAUUGAACAAGAGAAGCAAGACAACGAGUGCAUAAAACUUUUGUGUGGCACCGAUCCACGGUCAGAUAUCGACAGUAUUCAAAGCCGAAAGGAUGAUCUCAUCAAGGACUCUUACAAAUGGAUUCUCGACACCAACGAGUAUCAAAAAUUUAUUGACUGGGAAGAUCCAGAGGCCAGUUUGCUAUGGAUUUCAGGCCAAGCAGGAACUGGCAAGACAAUGCUUUUGAUCGGCAUUAUCAAGGAACUGAGCUUGCAAGGUCGAUUGGAGCUGGAUUGCCCAGAGUUGCUGUAUUUCUUCUGUCAGGAUGGAAAUAAAGACACCAACAACAGCGUUGCAGUCCUGAAAGGAAUCAUUUGGCUAUUGAUCAUCCAGCAGCCGGAACUUACGGAGUACCCGCGGGAGGUUUACCAGCAGUCUGCUGGAAAGCAUCUGACAGAUGGCAACGUCUUCAUUACCUUGCGUAACAUGCUGAGGAAAAUGCUUGAUGAUCCAAGACUCGGUCGAAUUUUCCUGGUCAUAGAUGCCCUUGAUGAAUGCAGCGAUGCAAGCAGAAAGGAACUGAUCAACUUCAUAUACCAGGAGGCGUGCGUGAGUGGUCGAAAUCGCAAUGUCAGAUGGCUUGUCUCUAGUCGGCCCUUGCCAGACGUCUACAGAAUCAUACGGCCAUCCGGUCAAACCGUGGGCAGAAUUGACGUCAACGAUUACAUUUUGAAAGAGCCCAUCCAUGCUUACAUUGACAAAAAAGCACUUGAGCUGAAGUCGGUGACUGAUAACGAAGCCCGGCUGGCUGAAAUAAGCGAGCAGCUGAAAGAAAAAGCAAGUAACACUUUCAUAUGGGUCUCCUUAGUUAUCCGAGAACUCAAGGAUGCAGACAGUCACCAUUGGACUAAGAUUCUUGGGCAACUGCCCCGGGACUUGGAAGACCUCUACAGAAAGCUUCUUGGGCAGUUGGCUCAGAUUAGCGCAAAGAAUGAGUGCCAGCGGGUUCUCACCGCUGUAUUACUUGCACGUCGACCAUUGAACCUGGCAGAACUAGAGGUUAUUGUUGCAAUGGAGGCUGAAGCUACCCUGAACGUCGUGCGCCAGUGUAGAUCCUUUCUGACUAUCCAAGGUAAAAGGAUCCAUAUCUUGCAUCAAUCUGCUCGUGAAUACUUGAGCAGUCACUACAGAGAGCUCGGUGAUGUAUCGAUGGGAACGCUCAAUAGCGAUAUUUGUCGAAACUCUCUGGAGGGAAUGAAGGGCCUGAAACGUGAUAUCUAUAACCUCUUGGAUCCUGGUGUUGCAAUUGAGGACAUUUCCACUCCGGAUCCAGAUCUUCUCUAUCCGCUCUCAUAUGCCUGCCAACACUGGGUGUAUCAUUUGAGCCAUAGCAAGUUCGAUACGAUUACUCCAGGGGAAGUCCUAUCUUUUCUUAAGGUGCACCUUCUUCACUGGUUCGAGGCUAUGAGCCUUUUAAGAAUAUUACCAGAUACCAUUAACAUGAUGCGUAUAUUGGAAGAGGUUUUACAGGAUUUUCCAGAUCCACUUGAUUUCAUAAGGGAUGCACAUCGAUUCAUUAGGAAAAGCAUGUCGGCCAUAUCAGCCGCACCACUUCAAGUAUACGUUUCUGCGCUUGUGUUUGCGCCCAAGAAAAGCAGUGUUAGAUGCAUCUUUUGGCAUAAAGAGAGGCCAGUCUGGAUGCAUCGUUUCCCAGAAGUUUCUGAAUAUUGGAAUGCAGCAUUACAGACACUCGAGCACCCCAGCUGGGUCGACUCUGUGUUGUUUUCUCCAGACGGCAGAUUUAUUGCAGCAGAUUAUUGUAGGGAAAUCAGAAUAUGGGAUGCAUCUACAGGGGCUUUGGUACAGAUCUUGGAGGACACGACGCCAAAUGAAUUUCUCGCGUUUUCUCCUGACAGCAAAAUGCUGGCUUUGGGCUUAGAAGAUAGUACAAUUAUUAUACGGGGCACUGAUGAAUGGGAGAUAAGGCAAACCCUCCAGGGCCCAGACAAAUUGACAAAUGGGGCAUUCUCUCCAAACGGUCAAUUGAUGCUCUCAGCGUCUGAAAGCGGGCUCAUAUUUAUAUGGGAUACAUGUGAAUGGGUGAUCCAACAAACAAUGCGAGGACCCGAGGAACCCUUGCGCGUCGCCUUCUCUGCAAACAGCAAGCUUAUAGCUUUCACCUCAGCCAGAAGCACUGGUGUCCUAGAGAUAUGGAAUAUUGAGACGGGACAGUUUGAACGCAGGCUUGAGGCCCAUGCACAUGUUCUCUUGGCCACAUUUCCCACGGAUGGCUUUCUGUGGACAGUCGGAGACGGCAAUGUCAAAGUGUGGGAUACUGAAACAUGGGAAUGGGAUCUCAAGAUGACACUUGACCCUGGCGCUGGACUCGCUACGAUUUCCUCUGACCAUCGUUAUCUCGCAACGCACAAAGGGACGGUCAUCUGCGUAUGGAAUAUGAUCACAGGCAAGUUAGAAGGCUCCUUCCAGGCUAACUACACAACCUUUAUGGUCUUUUCGCCUAACAAUCGGGUUCUGGCCACCGGGACUCGGUUCGGCCAUGUCAGACUAUGGGACAUGGACUCUGGGGGGUUUGAAACGAAUAUUUCCACCGACAGACCACCCAUUUUUAUCGUGGCACUGUCUCCAAACAAACAGUGGGCCGCCUCAUGCAGCUGGGAACGAAAUCCGACUUUUUACAAUGCAACAACAGGAAGGCAAAUUCACAGACCCCCCGGACAGUCUGCUAAUAUAGUGCACAUGAUCUUUUCACCAAACAGUCAAAUACUCGCAACAGCUUCGUGGGAUAAUACAGUCAAGCUCUGGAGCACAGAAAGCGGCGAUCUGCUACAGACCUUAGAAGGGAAUUCAGGGGGCUCGAGAUCGAGAUGCAAAAUCGGCUUUGCUGAGAAUUGCCUACAUGUCACUUUGGACGGAGGUCAGCCGAGGAUUUUCAACGUCAACGCCGGGAUCGAAACAGGCGUUCCAGAGCCACAGAUCGGGAUCGAGGACAGCUGGGUGUCUGAUAAAUGCACGGGCAGAAGACUCAUUUGCCUUCCUUCUGAUUGCCAGCCUGGUAUACCCCGGGCGUGGGCGGCUCAAGAUAAGAUGGUUGUAAUUGGAACCAGGGAUGGGACGCUUCUUUUUAUGGAGUUCGAGAGGAUGUAG